UGAAUGAGGAUUUUGGCCACUAUGAUUGUAAAACAUUCCAUGUUUCUUUUAUUGGGGUCAAAGAGCAUGUAAAAAUAGUGGGAGCUAAAUAAUUAAAAGUCCAUAUUAUUUAGUUAACUAGAUGUGAUCAUAGGAAUUAAUAUAUGAUUUUAAUUCCUGUUCUAUUUGAACUUCUCUAGGCUUUUAGGAAUGUCGAAUUUAUCAUUGAGAAGUAUCUUGGAUACAUGCAAGCUCACUGGACCAAACAUUCUGGACUGGGAAAGAAAUGUGCGUUUAGUUCUUAGACAAGAAAAUAUUGAGUAUGUGUUAGACACACCGGUACCCAAGAUUCCUGAUGCUAACUCUCCCGAGUUUGCCACGUUUGACCUGACUGCUCGAGAGAAACACGUUACUGAUGCUAAAACUGUGCAAUGUGUUAUGUUGGCUGCAAUGUCUAUGGAGUUGCAAAGGCAACACGAUAGGAUGAGCGCCUUCGAGAUGCUUGAACACUUGAAAAGUCUGUUUGAUUCAGAAAGUCAGACUCUAGAGUAUGAGCUUCUGACAGACAUUUUCAAGUGUAGGCUUCAAGAGGGUGGCAACGUGUCUGAGCACGUCCUCAAAAUGAUUGGCUUAAUUGAAAGAGUUGCUACCACCGGAAUUAAGUUUGAGGAUCGUGUCUCAGCUGCUAUCAUCCUAUAUUCGCUUCCGAGUUCAUUUACUAACUUCAUUGUGAAUUAUAAUUUGAACAAAACGAAAGCGACCAUGCCUGAACUCCAUAACAUGCUCAAGUCUUAUGAAGCCUCAACCUCUAAAGGAAAGACUGU